UUUUUUCACUCUCAUUGACAUUUCAACUCCGAGGCGGAUCCGAAUGUAAUCUGGACCCAUAACUUUAUCUUGAUUUGUUCCAGCGACAAUUUGGAGGGUGAAGGAGCGAGGGCUGGUAUCAGCAGGAGGAUAUCGGUCAGAGGUCUGCGCCCUCUACAGCCUACAUCAGGGAUAUCCCUUCCGUCUCCGCUGAAGAUCACUGGAAAACUAUUUUUUCCUCUUACUGAAAAACUACAACAAGAGACUGCCCUGCAUUUGUUCUCUUUCUGUGGCGCGGAGAACUAUUUGACAAGGACUUUUGACAGCCGCGCAGGAUGCCUCAAAAAGGGAGACAUUAAGAUUGGCUAAAUUGUUUUAAGCCAACAGUCAACUCUGUUUCCAGAAUACCACAGCCAAGCCACGUGGGAGUCUGGCGUAGCCUCGAUGAUGCAGAACAAGGUCUAUGACAUCUGUGAUGAAGGUCACAGCGGUGUGAACCAGCUGGGCGGUGUGUUUGUUAACGGUAGACCGCUACCGGACACCACCAGGCAGAAAAUCGUCGAACUUGCUCAUAGUGGCGCGCGGCCGUGCGACAUCUCCAGGAUUCUGCAGACCCAUGAUGACUCAAAAGUCCAAGUGCUGGAAAAUGAAAACGUGUCCAACGGGUGCGUGAGUAAGAUCCUUGGCAGAUACUAUGAGACUGGCUCCAUUAGACCGAGAGCGAUCGGAGGCAGCAAACCGAGGGUAGCCACUCCAGAGGUGGUGGGGAAGAUAGCGCAGUACAAGCGGGAGUGCCCGUCUAUUUUCGCCUGGGAGAUCCGCGACAGACUGUUGUCGGAGGGGGUCUGCACCAACGACAAUAUACCCAGUGUAAGUGCAGUGAGUGUGUCAUCGAUAAACAGAGUCCUCCGCAACCUGGCUAGCGAGAAGCAACAGAUGGGCGCAGAUGGCAUGUAUGACAAGCUGAGAAUGCUCAACGGUCAGACAGGAACUUGGGGGACACGGCCCGGAUGGUACCCCGGAACUUCAGUCCCAGGGCAGCCCAACCAAGACGGUUGCCAGCCACAGGACGGUGCAGGAGAGAACACCAACUCCAUCAGUUCGAAUGGGGAGGAUUCAGACGAGACGCAGAUGAGACUUCAGCUAAAGAGAAAGCUACAGAGAAACCGCACGUCGUUCACCCAAGAGCAGAUUGAAGCACUGGAAAAAGAAUUUGAAAGGACUCAUUAUCCUGACGUUUUCGCGAGGGAAAGACUGGCAGCGAAAAUAGAUCUGCCUGAAGCAAGAAUACAGGUGUGGUUCUCAAACAGAAGGGCGAAGUGGAGGCGGGAGGAGAAGCUCCGGAACCAGCGUCGUCAGGCCAGCAACUCCUCCAGUCACAUCCCCAUCAGCAGCAGCUUCAGCACCAGCGUCUACCAGACCAUGCCUCAGCCCACCACACCUGUGUCCUUCACAUCUGGGUCUAUGUUGGGCAGACCUGACACGGCCCUCACCAACACAUACAGCGCACUGCCUCCCAUGCCCAGCUUUACCAUGUCCAACAACCUGCCUAUGCAACCCAGCCAGACCUAUUCCUGCAUGCUGCCUACCAGUCCGCCUGUGAAUGGGCGGAGCUACGACACAUACACGCCCCCUCAUAUGCAGGCACAUAUGAACAGCCAAUCAAUGACCACUUCUGGUACCACCUCAACAGGACUCAUCUCUCCUGGAGUGUCUGUCCCUGUCCAGGUCCCAGGCGGCGAGCCUGACAUGUCUCAGUACUGGUCAAGACUACAAUAGAGAGAAAAGCUACUUCACCCUGUAACUGCCCACCUUACCGUACCAACCACGCCCUCCGCAGGGGUCUCACACACACACGGAGAGAAGUGGAGGAGUGGAGAGGAGAGAGAGAGAGACUCUGGGAGAGCCCUAGGACUACAGGGUGUGGUUGUUUCUACAGGGACCGUGUGCUGUUCUGUAGCUCUUGGCACAUAUGAGGACUGGGGAGAACAACAAUGGGAAGAGUGGGGGAAGAAGAAGUAGAAACAUGGACCUCUGUAAAGUGCCCAGUGUUUAACAUUUUUAUGGAACAAAAACUUCAUUUUCUUUUUCCCAAGUCCUUGUUUCUUUUUUCUGUCUUUCUCUGGCGUGUUUGUAUAUGGCCAUGUGUAUGUUAUGAUGAGAAACCCAGAUCAAGUACUGAUAGAUGGACUGCUAGAAAACCAUGUUGGUCUUGUGUUUGUUUUGGGGAAAGGAGAACCCAAGAGAUUUCUGCCAUGACUAUUUUAAAAAUCUGCUUAAAUCAAGACUUUCUACCAGACUUUGCACGGUCUGUGGACUCUGGCGAAACUGUUGCAUAUCACCCGAGAGGAGAGCUGUGGGGAGGAGACUCAGUGUGUUUAUUAAACCUAUUUAUUGGUCAUAUUCCUUCAACAUGGACAUCAGCAGAGGACGACCUCCAGUCAAUCCACCCACCUCAGCCUUGGGUCUUUGACUCCUGCAUUAUCAGAUGAACUGUACAGGCCUGGGUAUUUAACUAUGGUCACAGACAACCAC